GAGCUGGGAUCUGUGAGCUGCCCGGCCCGGGGGCGUCGCCGCCUGCUCUCCGAAACCAGCGAGUCUCUGCUUCCCUGCGCGGAGCGCGCGUUCUCCUCCUGCCUGGGGACCCCCGCGCACCCCCGAGACGGCGCGCGCUCAGAGCGCGGGAGCCCGGAGCGCCGGGCGCCUGGGACCCCGCGGAGCUACUGCCCAGCCCGCGGGGCUCGGCAGGGAUGCAGGCUGCGCUGUGAGCCCAGGCGCCAAGGCCAUGUCCGGCGCCCGCUGCCGGACCCUGUACCCCUUCUCCGGGGAGCGGCACGGCCAGGGGCUGCGCUUUGCCGCGGGCGAGCUGAUCACGCUGCUGCAGGUCCCGGACGGCGGCUGGUGGGAAGGCGAAAAGGAGGACGGUCUCCGCGGCUGGUUUCCAGCGAGCUACGUGCAGUUGCUGGAGAAGCCUGGGAUGGUCCCCCCGCCGCCGGGAGAGGAGAGCCAGAGCGUCGUGCUGCCCCCCGGCUGGCAGAGCUACCUGUCCCCCCAGGGCCGGCGCUACUAUGUCAACACGACCACCAAUGAGACCACCUGGGAGCGCCCCAGCAGUUCUGGGAUUCCGGCCAGCCCUGGCACUCACAGGAGCCCUCUGCCUCCGACAGUGAAUGGAUACCACGCAUCAGGGACCCCAGCACACCCUCCCGAGACUGCCCACAUGAGUGUCCGAAAGUCCGCCGCUGAUCCCCAGAACCUGGGGUCCUCGUCACCAGGCAGAAAGCAGAGCAAGGAGAACACCAUCACGGUCAACUGUGUGACGUUCCCCCACCCGGACACGAUGCCGGAGCAGCAGCUGCUGAAGCCAACUGAGUGGAGCUACUGUGACUAUUUCUGGGCUGAUAAGAAGGACCCCCAAGGCAACGGCAACGUGGCUGGGUUUGAAUUGCUGCUUCAGAAACAACUGAAGGGCAAGCAGAUGCAGAAGGAAAUGUCGGAAUUCAUUCGGGAGAGGAUAAAGAUUGAAGAAGAAUAUGCGAAGAACUUAGCUAAGCUCUCUCAGAACUCCUUGGCCGCACAGGAGGAAGGGUCCCUGGGAGAGGCGUGGGCGCAGGUGAAGAAGAGCCUGGCCGACGAGGCAGAAGUCCACCUCAAGUUCUCCGCCAAGCUUCACAGCGAGGUGGAGAAACCCCUGAUGAACUUCCGUGAGAACUUCAAGAAAGACAUGAAAAAGUGUGACCACCACAUCGCCGACCUCCGCAAGCAGCUUGCCAGCCGCUACGCCGCAGUGGAGAAGGCCCGGAAAGCGCUCACGGAGCGGCAGAGGGACCUGGAGAUGAAGACCCAGCAGCUGGAGAUCAAGCUGAGCAACAAGACGGAGGAGGACAUCAAGAAGGCCCGGAGGAAGUCCACGCAGGCCGGAGAUGACCUCAUGCGCUGUGUGGACCUCUACAACCAGGCCCAGUCCAAGUGGUUUGAAGAGAUGGUGACCACCACGCUGGAGCUGGAGCGGCUGGAGGUGGAGAGGGUGGAGAUGAUCCGGCAGCACCUGUGCCAGUACACACAGCUGCGGCACGAGACAGACAUGUUCAACCAAAGCACAGUCGAGCCUGUGGACCAGCUGCUUCGAAAAGUGGACCCAGCCAAAGACAGGGAGCUGUGGGUCCGAGAGCACAAGACGGGCAACAUCCGCCCUGUGGACAUGGAGAUCUAGGCGGGCACACGCGGCCCCCGGGGUCCUGCCAAGGAGAGGGGCCGGGGGGGCCAUGGAGAGGAGGUGGUGGGUCCCGCUGCCAAGUGGAGCUGCCCUCCCCCCCACUCUCCUGCCCACUGAGGAGAGGGAAGGGUGAGGGCUGCAGCCAGCGAUUCCAGAAGGGCAGCCUGGCGGCCUCGCUGGGAGGUCCCCAGUGUUCCCAGGCCAAGAAGGUGGAUCCACAGCCCCGCCCUUGUCUCUGAGGCCGAAGACCCCCAACUCCCACGUUGUGCUUGCCAUUUGGGGAACAAACUGAAGCUGGAACUUUGUGGUCCCUGCUGAGCACCGUAGGGUCACCGCCCCGCCCAGAGCCAGCUGUGUCACAUGCUCGUGCCCCUGGAGGCCCCGAGGUCCUUCCUCCGGCUGGCCCUCUGGUCUCCAGGGCUUUGGAGGGUCAGGGGAGGGAGGUCUCUGUCUCCAAGCCAAGUGUCAGGAUCGCAGUCGUGGAUAGAAGGCAGCGUUCAACAGCCCGCACUCAGAAUCCUUUGCAGCCUUCCUUCUUUAUUUUCCCCGUUGCAUUCUGGGAGUCCACAUCCUGGCUCUUCCCUGUCACCGUUCAUGAUCAAGAGUCUUGGGAAGAAGGCCUAGCUCCCGUCUUCCCAGACUGACCCUGCCUGGAGAGGUCAGGAUGGAACUACCUCAUCAGCAAAUUAGCCCUCAGUCACAGUGCUGAAUCCGGUUCCCCAGUAGAUCGGGCAUCCUCUGCAAAGUCUCUCCAAGAAUCCCCAGCCCCCCGACCUACAGAUGCUCCCUCCUCCAAUCCCCGCCCCUUUCCACACUCUAAACGGGGCUGGGUCAGUCCCAUGUGGGAGACAGGCUGGGACAAGUCUUUGUCAUCCCCCGAUGGCUCCCCCUGCUUGCAUAUGGCAGCAGUGGGAUCACUGUCCUUCGUAUGGCUUCCUGUCAUUGGUGGUCACUGUACAGGCAUCGGAGACUAACAUGGCCACAGUAGGUUGUCGCCUACUGGGCAGCGUCUCGCCACCAUGGCCUCUCAGUAACUGCUCAGCCCAGAGCCCCACAUCAGGCCCUGCUUGGUGCUGGGGCCACCUUCCCUUUCUUCAGCUCCCAAUUCCUGGUAAAACCUGGUCUGAGUGUGACUUAGGGAGCUUUCAGGGCGGCAGUCGGGUCCUUGCCCAUCAUUUGCUCCUCUUCCUGACCACAGCAAGCGUGUGCUCCAUCAUGUUAAGUCUUGAGAAAUCAGUUCAAAAGGCGCAGAUGAAGAAAAGGGACCUGAAGGAGGAAGUGCAGCUAGCAAGGGGCAGGUGGUAGCCUGCAACCCACGCCCUGAGAACCAACCCAUCUUUCUUACUUCAUCUUCCCCAUCAGUUCCUUGGGACUUACAGGAUCCAUAUAUUCCCAGGAGUGUAGAAUUCUAAGAGCACAACUCACUGGUCUUUCAGUCUUACGUAUCUGAUGAUGUAUUAACCUUGAAUCUUUUGGUACCUCCUGCAUUGAGUCAGACCGCUCUCUCGCAGCUGAUGGUAGAAAGAUGCUGAAUAUACUAAAGCAAACCAAACCGUGUCCCUUCUCUUACUGAGGCAUCCCAACCAAAAAAGGUCAGUGUGAAGGCCUUCUCCAACCUGAAUCCGUCCACUGCAUGGAGAGCCACUCCUGGCUCUGGGAUGGGGCCGUGACACCAGCCACCAAUUUCAGGGUAUCCGUUCUUGGGUUCUUUAUUAAAAACAGGUGCAAGUAGUAACUGCUUUGUGGCUUAGUAAACUAAUUUGUGGAUGAUAUUCAGAUAUUCAAAGCCAGUAGCCUUGUUAUGAACACAUAUUUUGAGUGGAUAUGCUCAUUGAGUUUGCCUUCUCCCUUCUCUCUGAGGAUUCUAGCCUUCUGCUCCUCCCUGGGACAGAGGGAGCUCUCUCUCCUGCCUCUUCUGGGUUAGCCUGAGCUGGCCCAGUGUGGGCCGGUCUGUUUGAUAAAGUGAUUAUUUCCUCCUCAUCCCUUCACCUCAGUCUCGGUAGCUUUUUCACAUACGUUUUCUUCCCUCUUUUAUUCAUUCAUCAAGCAUUUAGCUGAAGACAAGUGCUGUGUUAAGAUCUGAGGGCAAGAUAUGGGCUUAUUUUCUGUGAUUUUGAAUAGACAUCUUUUCUUCAGGGUUCUUGCAGGUCAGUGACCUUGGCAUUCACAUACAGGUACUCUGUAGACCUUGGGUUUUCAGGGAUACUGUGUCUGUUGUGCUGACCUGCAUUCAUUUAUUCAUUCGUUUAUUCAGCAGAUCCUUGGGACAAGCCAGGCACUCUUGCCCGUCCCUCUAUUCCCCAUGUAGACAGGGAUAUUUUGACCUUUCUGGAGAAUGAGCACAUUUAACCUACCACAUUUAACCCACUGGGAACCUGUCAUUAUAAUACAAACUACCGUCAUAUGGCAUUUACCCAGGUGGUGGGAGAUAGACAGCAACAAGGGCUCAGUGCCCCAGACACUAGACGCCCAGCCCAUAUCCAACUUGAAUUUCUGAGAUUUCUUUUUUCUUUUUCUUUUUUUCUGUUUUGUUAAUCUUCACCCGAGGAUAUUUUUUUCCAUUGAUUUUUAGAGAGAGUGGAAGGGAUGGGGAGAGACAGAGAGAGAGAAAUAUCGAUGUGAGAGAGACACAUUGAUUGGUUGCCUCCCGCACGUGCCCCGACCGGGCCCAGGGAUGGAGCCUGCGACCAAGGUACAUGCCCUUGACUGGAAUCGAACUCAGGACACUUCAGUCCACAGGCUUACAUGCUAACCACUGAGCGAAACUGGUUAGGUCUGAGAUUUCUUUUUUGUUUUAAAUAACUCCUCACUUUACAAAGAGGAUGAAGCCUCAGCAUGGCCAGUGAAAUUAAUACUGAAUUAAGAGCAGAGCUGGAGUCGACAGUCCCAGCCCCCUGUCCUUGUCAACAGCCCCUGACCCCCGCCCCCACGCCUGCAGUCUGGGUGAAGCCAAGGUCAAGGAUGAAGUCCAGAGCAUCUAAAACUGCACGUCAGGGUAGCAAACCCUCUAUCUGGUCAUUGUUUUUCGCAUAUGUCCUGGUGUUUAGGUUGUAAGAGGAUUUCACUGGGUUUAUUCAGAAGGGUGAGUGAGUCUGGGUUUUUUCUUGAGCGCCUCUAUUGUGCAUUUCUGAAAACAAGUGAGCCCCUUCUACCUGCCUGCACUUAGUUUUAUCUGUGAAAACCUGAUUUUAAAAAAAAAAUCUCUAUGACAAACGGUCUUCAACGUGAGCUGGUUGCCAUGACAACCUCCAGGAAAAGGAACUGGUUCCUCUCCGUUUUUUUCUAGUGUUUUUGAUCAGUAUUACAAAGCCCUGGCAACUGAACCACAGGAGUGGCUGUCCUGAGGUUCUGCCGCGGGGCGCCUGGGCCUCCUCUCUACCUCUGCCCAGCGCCCGUGGGGCCGGAGGGUUCCACAGCAGGAGGACUUCUCUGCUCAGAAGGCCACAGCAGCCGCCAAUUUCAUGAACCAGGGAUUUGUCUCCAUUCCCUGUGUGAAAACCGAUCAAUUACUAGAGUAGUGGAUGGGUGCAGACAACUCUUGGCUGAGCCCAAGUUCCUUCUUGGAAACACAAGCCAUAAAAUUCAAAGGAGUCAAAGACCUCAUCGUGUUUAAGUGAUUCUGCUUCCAGCUGUGAGAGGCCUGGACACGGAGCGGGGCGUUUACACGGGAUUCCGCAGACCUGCUGUCACUAUGUAGGCAGGGAGAGCACUUUACAAAUGCUACGUGGGGUGCAGAUGGCGGCAUGCUGACUUAGCCAGCACCCCAACUAUUCCCCGGGUCCUUCCCACCCCAUAGGACACACCGCCUUUUCUUUUUCCAGGUUUGCUGAGGUGUUUGAUAUUCAGUAUGGGGGUUUACUGACAUACAGGAAAAUUCACCCUUUUGAAGUAUACUGGUUCUGUGAAUUUUGACAAACUUACACAGCCUUGUAACCACCUCUGAAAUCAACAUAAUCUUUCCAUCACUCAAAUUCCCCCAGAGCCCCGGAGUCAAGCCACUCCUCCCACUCCAAGCCCUUGGCAACCACUGAUUAAUUCUCUGACCUUACAGUUUGCCUUUUCCAGAAGGUUGUAUAAAUGGAGUCACACUGUGUAGCCUUUGAGUCUGGCUUCUCUCACUCAGCUUGGUAUUGUUGAGUCAGCCUGUUUGCAUGGCUACUUCCAGCCCGAGGCUCCUUCUCCAAAGGCCAGCCGUGCCCACAGGUAGUUCUGGAGGCUCACACUUGCCUUUUUGGUUCAUGUCAGGAUUAGACAAUGCAAAGGUUGCCAGGGAGUGGGCGGAGGGGUGGGCGGGGUCUCGGCUGCCUUUCACAUCUGCUGUGCCCUGAAGCUUGCAGGUCCCUCUCUCCUGGGGACCCUCAAGUCUGCUCUGCUUGCACAGUCCUUCCUUGGCAUUUAUUGAGCAUUGGGGGGAAAGGAGGGAGAGAGUGAAUGGGCGUAGCAUGGAUGAGAAGGCAGGGAACUGGCCUUGGGCUCCUCACCACCCUUUCCUGGAUCUGCUUCAUCUGCAAACCGAGGGUAUGAUUCUAGAAGGUCUCAGGCCUUCUGCAGUUACUACAGCCUAUCUUCCUACGAGCCAUUCCCAAUUCUGUACCCUGUGCACAUGGCCACACCUAAUCUGGGUCCCAUCGGCGCAGUAGUGCAUGGUGUUCCCUAAAAUCCUCACGAGAGGGACAUCCUGGCUUUUCUCCACUUAGAUACAAAUGAAGCUACAAUUAAGAGUUUUGUGAGCUAUUGACAAUGAGGCCGUUCCUCCGUAGGACCCCCAAGGUGACAGCUCCUCCAAGCCAUGUCUUGAUCAUGGCCUGCUCAGUGACAGGUGAGCCCUGGAAGGCAGCCAGGCACCUCUCCAAGCUAACUGAAAACCCUGAGCCCAGCCCAGGCCGGCGCGCAGGCCCACAGGCUCCCGUGCUAGAGCCACGGUCUGCGCUGCUGGGAGGCCCUGGGCUGCAUUUUGCUGGGGAGGACGCCUCACCACCCCCCACCCCAGCAGUCUUAUUUUUGUCCGGCCUGUCUUGAAGGGAGGGACCCAACUCCUACGGCUGCAGGUUGGGGUGAGACUAAGACAAGUGACAAAGCAUGUUCCCCUCCCCCUCACCAUCUAGACGCUGGGCCAGGCUCUCAGGAGCCUCUGCUGGGAGGUGCCCCUGAGGCAGAGGGGCGGUGACCACCUCUGACCGCUCUGGGGCGCUGUUCAGGAGACAUUGAUCCUUUGUGUUUCAGGGAGAUUCCCGAUGGGAUUGCAAGGGUGAAUGCAAAGGGUGCGGCACAUGGGUGCUCUACUGGGACAGUGUGACCCUGGGACAGAGGUCCCAGGAGCAAGAGCACGGGACUGGCCGCUCUGCUGUCUCUUUUGUCCCGGGACCUGAAGUUGUCACUUCCCCUCCCGGGACCUCUGUGGACCCAUCUGUCAAGGGAGACUCUCUCUUCCAGCGUCAUUACAGCAGCCUGGCUCUCGGGAGCCGGGGCCUCCGGGCAGCCGUGUGGACCCGGGGACAGACGUUCAAAGAGACACCAGCCACCCUGGGUGAUGGGCCCCGAAUCUGCAGCUCUGCCCUGCCCACAGGAAGGAGGCGAGGGGGCGGAGGGGCAUGGCGGUCCUUCCACAGACACGAGCACAUCACAAACCCUACGAAGGUGGAAUUUUCUAACAAAAUAAACUUGCUUGUUUGGUCUGUUUUCUGUAACUUUUGCUAAAUACUUUAUACAUUUUUAAUGUUGCAAAGCUGUGUCUCCUGCCAGCAUUCCUCAUCCCAGUAUGAAUGUGUUUACUUGGAAUUGUAUAUCCUUCCCCUCUGGCUGCCUAGACCGGUAAAUAAAAUCGAUGUAAUAUAAUUUAUAAGUAACACUGUUGAAACUCCGAUCCCUAUGGGGGCGCCCUUCCGCCCCCUGUAAUAGCAUUUGUGUGUAUUAAUGCUGAAGAAUUAAAUGUUUAAAGGGUUUAAAUUUUGAA